AUGGAAUUUGAUCCCAACGACAACGAAGUUGUUAUGAAGUUCUCAAUGGGAACUCCACCCAUCGAUAUUCAUGCAAUUGUUGAUACUGGUAGCGAUCUAGUAUGGACGCAGUGUGAGCCGUGUCAUGUUUGUCACAAGUCCAAGUUUGGUGUUUUUGACCCAAGAAAGUCAUCAACUCAUAAGAACAUUACUUGUCGGUCAAAGGAUUGUAGACUACUUGGCGACUCCUAUCCCCGACGUGAAAUGGAAUUGUGUAGAAAAGCACCUACUACAAAUUGUGUGUACACGUACGAUUACGAAGACGAGUCAUACACAGUAGGUCAUUUGGGUAGAGAAACAAUUUCGUUGAAAUCCACUACAGGCAACGUUGUAACCCUAAAAGAUAUUAUCUUUGGGUGUGGGAUUACGAACAAUAUAACUGGUUCCAGUGAAAAUGAUAUGGGACUUGUAGGGCUUGGGCGUGGGCCCUUAUCAUUUGUUUCUCAAGUUGCUCCUUAUGUUGGAGGCAAAAAAUUCUCUCAUUGUUUUGUGGACAAUCCCAAUUUGGAAAGCAAGAUCUAUUUUGGGAAUUGGAGUGAAGUUUUGGGUGAAGGGGUGGUGACAGUACCUUUGGUAGAUGAUCCGACUGCAUAUUAUGUGACAGCAUCAGGAAUUAGCAUCGGAAACGAUUUUGUUCCAUUCAACUCAAACGGUACAUUGCUGAAAAAAGAUAACAUGAUGAUCGACUCAGGUACACCUUUCCCGAAGGUACCCCAAGAUCUUUUUAACCGGAUGGUAACUAAGCUACAAAAAGCAGUUCCUCUGAAGUCAAUCAUAAAAAAAAUCAAAGUGAUUGAUGCCCUUUGCUUUGCUACCACGACGCCUCCAACAUUGCCAAAAAUGGCUAUACAUUUUGAGGGUGGUGGCGAACUACCAUUGAGCAAUAAGACAUUAACAUUUCCCGUAGAUGAUGAGACGUAUUGUCUUACAAUCGUGAGCGGCACUGAUGACUAUAGCUUUUUCGGGGGUAUACUUCAGACAAAUUUAUUACUUGGUUUUGAUUUGGACAAAAACACGGUAUCCUUCAAGCCAACUGAUUGCAUAGAAUACAACAAAAACAACUAA